AUGUUGCAGGAGCGGCCUGUGUGCCGGUCACCAUGUGCUCUUUCGUCGUACUAUCCGCAGAGGGUAGGUUUCGGUAGCGGAAGUGUUGAAAGAGCGUUUUGAUUUAAGGGAUGCUUUGACCAAUUGCGAGACUACUAUCUUUGACGUAGGUUCGGUGGAGACGAACGUGUGAAUGAGAGGCGAUGCACAAAGUCAAAGAUGGUGGAUAAAUGAAGAGUUCCCUCAGGCCGUUGACCAUUGGGGUGGGAGGAAAAUGGGCAGUUCAUGUCGGGUUAAGGGACUAGACACCAAUGCGAUAGCAGCUGGGUCUGGUCUGCUUAGUUUAUAAACAAUAUUUUUAAAAAACUGCGAGUGGGGUGUCUCGCUUCCUUUUCCGUCUCUGACAAAGUAUGUAGGUACAUGUGACUUGUGGAGAGGCGGAGUCUAACGGAGUACGAUAACCAAUGAAAAAUCCAUUGAGGCCUCAUGAAAGCUCCUUCACGGUAGCAUGCUCUCACAGUUUGCCUUUUUUGUUUCUGUCCUCUUGUGAAUUGUACGGUGUUAUCGACUUCCACCCAUUGUACAUUUUUCUGCUUAAGUGAGGAAAAUCUUGGAUUAGCUGGCUACAUCAAUUUAAUCGGGUAGCUUGCGAGUCAGUACAACAUUGGGAGGAAAACAAUGCUGUUAUUUGUUGAGGUAUGUUUGGUCUGUAUAGUGAUCCAUUAUAGUCCAAAGUUCGUCUGGAACGACAUUUUAUGGCGCUGUAGGAAGCAACCGUUGGCAACAGCGUUGCAUUCCCGUCAAUACACACUAAUAAUAACGUUAAUCAAUAGUUGCAAUCGGGGAAUAACGUUAUGCUUUAGAUCAUUGGUGAGCAUGCAAAGUAUCAAACUCGUUAAGAAAUGGAGUUGUAGCUAGUAGGCUACAUGUCGCAUUUGUUUUCACAACCUUAGUGGAAUUAAAGGGCAGUUCUGGCUUGCAUGACAUAUCACGCCCCCUUAAACUUCAGUCACUGGGAUCAAGAGUCUUCAUUAGUUGGACAAUUGCUCAAUUUCUUUAAUUUAUAGAUGUUUUUUUUUUUCAAUUAAUUCCCUGUUCUAAUAGUAAAAUGAUGACCCUAUAAACCCUAACAAAACCCUGGAAUGCAUUUGUUUAUGUGAAACAUUGAACAUUUGAAAAUGAAGCAUUCAUAAUAUAUAACUCCAAAUAGACUUGAGUAGCCUACGGUUGGUUAUGAUUGUUAAUGGUAUGAGAAUGUGUUUGACAGACAGCAUUGGAUGUUUAGGAAAUUAUGCAACAUUGGAAUCAAUGUAUGUGCUCUAAAUAGAUGUUUUGACUUUGCAAGAAACCUACAGCAGCCUUAAGGUAUUUUUGUAUAUCUUCACACAGGUAACCACAAAGGGAGUAGGUCUGAACCCCAAUGCCAAAGUCUGGCAGGAGAUCUCUACGCCCCAGAGCCAAGUCCCAGAGGAGGGCACAGAGGGUCCCUACUUGCUCCAGACGACCCCCGCCUCUGCUGAUGUCACCGAGGGUGAGGGCCAAUUGAAAUGCACCCUGGAGUUUUUAUAUCACCACUACAUGCAUACACAGGCCUGCAUAGAUUUGUCACAGACGAGCAAUAGCUUCAACAGAUUUUUUUCUCUCUCAAAUAUAUAGUUCAGAGGGCACAAUGGACCUUUUGGAAGGACUAUUAAUCAAGGCCUGAGAUAAUCCUAACAUUACUCUGUGGAGGCACUGAAAACAAAGCACUGUUAUGAGUCUGUGGAUUACAUAGCCUCCCUGGUUCAACCUUGACAGUGUCUCUUUCUCCAGUCAGACUCUUAUCAACCACAUGACACUCCCCUCUUCCUCCCAGGUUACUCAGAGGUACCCCCUGCUGGGGGUAAGGGGUAUGGCACGGGAUACUCAGACCCCUCCUUGGACAGCAGUGCCCCUGCACCUACAGAGGGUGUAGUGAACGGCAUGGACCCCCCUGAGCUGGGGUAUCCCCUCUAUGACUCUGUGACUGGGUCAGCAGGUCAGUAGCAGUCCUCUGGUCAGCUCCCUCUGGGUCAGACGCUUUUGAGAUGCCAUGCUCGGAUCUGGCGUUGGAGGGAAUUGGAUACAUUCCGUUUCCCUGUUUUGCCUUUCAGUAUUGUCAUUGAGUGUUGCGUCAAUUAAUGUCAUAACGAUUACCAAUAGUAACGGUCAGAGAUGUAUGGCUUUGGUAACAUUUGCUGUGCACAAGGGCUAAAGCUUGUAGCUUUGCAGCCUAUAGUCAAACAUACAUUUUGAUCUGAAAUUGUGUGUGCAGUGGAGGGGGAGGCAGUGAAGGAAAAGCAGCCCCUCGCAGAGGUGAGCAUGAGAGAAUCUCUGAAGAAACAGCUGGAGUUCUGCUUCUCCAGGUAAGUAGUUAACUGCUUUAUUUCAGAUGGUUGUUAUAACUUAAAUACUUAAAUACAGUCAGAAGUGAAAUGUCUCUCAUUGAUCUAAGACAUUCUAGACAGUGUGUGAUAAUUUUAGGUAAUGUAUCGUGUAGACCUUGGAUUUGUACCCCCGGUGAUGAUCAGUAUCGCGCUUGGAAGGACCCAGGAGCGCUGUGACUGUGGAAGGCUAUCUUCUUCAUAUCUCUCUAAAUCUAUUCUCCCUCUCUAACUUUCCUACUCCUUCUACACCUCUUCCUCCUCUCCCUCUUUCUUUCCUUCGCUCCGUCAGCGCAGUGUGACUGACCUAAUGACCGUGAGAUUAUGAGAUCUGAGGGGAACAAGGAAAAGAAACAUGGGGACAUAUGAAUGUAUAAAUGUGUGAUUUUGAUAUCUUCGCACACCGUAGGAUGUAACAGACAUGGCUUGUUGGUUUUUCAUGCCCUGUUGCUGUCUGUGUCUUCAGAGAGAAUCUGUCCAAGGACUUGUACCUGAUGUCCCAGAUGGACAGUGACCAGUUUGUCCCCAUCUGGACCAUCGCCAGCAUGGAGGGCAUCAAGGUCCUCACCACUGACAUGGACCUGAUCCUGGAGGUGCUACGAGGUACAAACACAAACCCACCUCAUCUUUACCCUGUGGGAGUGGGGAGAACUGAGGAAAUAGCCUCCCUGGGCAGGCUUAUAGCUGUAGCCUGCUACAAGACUGGUCCGAAACAAGCUCAGAUUGCAGUUGUAAAGACUCUUACCAGAUGUUGUGUUGACAUUGCUGGGAACGAGAUUAGUAGUAGAAGUAACAAUGUGGUGGCUGUAACACCACCAGUAGAUUAAUAUGUAAUUGUAUAGAAAGGGAUAAUAAUGGCAGUUGUGGUAGUCAAAACUUAAACAACAAGGUAGUUAUGUCAUAGUAGUAAUGGGAGCAGCAGUAAGUAGGUGAGGAAAUUACCUGAUCAAUUUGAAAGUUAAACUUGAGUGAGGGUUUUUCAAGCACUUCGGGUAGGUAUGCAUGAACCUGGCUUCAGGAGCAAACUCACUCAAAGGAGAGAAAAUAAUCAUCAGUGUCAUUAUUUAAAAAGGCUCUAGUAAAUCUUAGUGGAUGAUAUUUCUGUUGACAUGUUGAUCAGGGGUCGCAUUAGCUUUCAGAAAUCUGCAGCCAAAUUGAAAAAGCAAAGUAUUUUUUUUGCAAAAACUGCAUGGCAAUCAUAUUUCUAAUGUUUGUCAUAGAAUGUAGCCAGCUACAUUUCCUAAUGUUUUGCUUGAAGUUAAUCUUGCAUUUUAGCUGGCUACCUGAGGAAAAACUACACCGCAGGAAAGUACCGGAGAAAAGUAGCCUACACAUCAGUCAGAGCGCUGUCUGGUGAUCCAAUGACGAGAACAAAGAUAUUUCAUCCGGGUGGAGAAGUGCAACUCAAUGAAGCAUGAAAUUAGUCCCUUUACAUUCAUGAUUUAGGACGAACCCUGACUGAAGCCGAGCAGAAUUUACAAUAAGAAGUGUUGUUUUUAUCUUUCCUUUCCUGUGUGAAAAACACAAUCCUGCAUUAAUGUGACCCCUGCUUGAUGUAUUUCUGGAUGUGCGUGUGGUUUCAGCCUCGCCCAUGGUACAAGUUGACGAGAGUGGUGAAAAGGUUCGGCCCAACCACAAGCGCUGCAUCAUCAUUCUGAGGGAGGUGCCUGAGACCACACCGGUAGAGGUAACCAAAUGGGAGAAUUCACGUUUUCGUGUUUGAACAGUUUUUCCAGUUUUACAAUUUACCUUUGUGUAGCCAUUGGCUCAUUACAUGUGAUGAAUAGAACUGUUGUAGAACUGUAAAAGAAAGGUUCUUACACCCUCAUCUUCCCUCGAUUUACUUCUUUCCUUUUCCCUCAGGAAGUAGAGGCCCUCUUUAAGAAUGAAAACUGCCCCAAAGUGAUAAGUGUUGAAUUUGCAGCCAACAACAACUGGUACAUCACGUUCCAGUCGGACACUGAUGCACAGCAGGUAGCGUUUCACGUUCAUAACUAGUGAUGGGGAAAAAUCGAUAGUUACAUAUCCCAAUAUUAUUGUGGAUGAUAUAAUAUCGAUACUUUGACUCGAGUAUCGUUUUUGUUGUUGUUGCUAGGUAGCGCUAGCUAGUGCUAGUCAGCUCUACCUGCACCAAAAUGCUGGUAUUUUUCAUCCUAUAGCUUGUUCUCCAUCUUCUUUUUAAAUAGUGAGCCAACAUGUUUUCAUCGCUAUUAUUUCCAUGAGUGAUCAAAACUAAUUUUCUCAUGCUCUCGCUUGUCUCCCUGCAGCAGACAGUGAGCAAUAUUUUUGGAACAUCGAAUCGCAAUGCAUAUAGAAUCGAUACAUAGCGUAUUGACACCUAAGUAUCGUGAUAAUAUCGUAUUGUGAGGUCCCUGGCAAUUCCCAGCCCUAUUCCUAACUCUCCGUAGUCAGUGAAAAUGACUUGCAAAUUCCAGGUCCUAAUUCAAAGUUCACAGCGCAUGUUUUUUGCAGUUUGUGUCUACUAAUAUUGUACACAUUUAAUUUCCUGCUUGUUGGGCCAUUCAACCCAUAACAGUUCUGUUUAUUGAUCUAGUUCACCAGUACAGUCUAACUUGUUAAUUGUUUUAAUGUGGAAUGAGUGAUGCAAUUAAGUUGGCCAGUGUGUUAAUUAGCUGAUUGUUGUCACCUGUUACAAAUGAACAGACAUGCUUCAGUUUGUUACAGGGAGGCUCUUUUCUGUUUGUGGGGUUGAUGCUGCUGAUAUGUCUGUGCAAGUUGUAGAUAAAAUAAACCAAUUUAAACAUAUAGUCAUAUCGCCUACUACAUGUGAAGGGGGAUUGUCCAGCUGUCUCACAGGUCCUGUGUGGCUCAGUUGGUAGAGCAUGGAUCUUGCAACGCCAGGGUUGUGGGUUCGAUUCCCACGGGGGAACAGUAUGGGAAAAAAGUAUGAAAAUGUAUGCACUCACUAGUGUAAGUCGCUCUGGAGAAGUGCGUCUGCUAAAUAACCAAAAUGUAAAUGUACUUUAUUUGUUCUCGCUUCUCCUUCCUCAGGCCCACAGAUAUCUAAGGGAAGAAGUGAAAACAUUUCAGGGAAAACCCAUCAUGGUUAGUACAUUUUACUUUUCUUUUCUCACGUAAGACGUGCUUUUCUUUGCUCAUAUUUCAUUUGGUCAAGGGAAGGCAAUGCGUAACAUAAGUCAACUGUACAGCUCUGAGAUCUUGUGCUGUACCUCCCUCACUGUUCUGCAGUCAGCUUUUACGAGGUGAAGUCAGUGAGUUUUAAAAGGGGAUGCUGUCUGGUUGCUGGGAGCAGGCUACACUACAGCAAGGUCACCUUGAGUUUGUGCCUGCAUAAGGGUCUGAUAAGGAAGGAGAGGCUAGCCAGCCAGACUGCAAGCAAUUUCUCUCUCCUUCUGUUCUACUGGUCUCCAUCUCCCACAUUCAAGAAGUUAUGGCAUUGUCCACAUUUCAUUCAACCACUCUUCUUUAGCAGUAGUUAUUUUUGGUUAUCUGUGUUAUUGGUAAAUGUACCUGGCAACACAUUCCGACUUAAUUUAAGAGUGACUGACAAUGUGAAUUUAAUUUGAUUGGUGUGCUAAAUCAAGUAGCUUAAUGCAUUAAACUCCAGAACUCUGAUUUGAUUUUCCUGAUUUUUAAGGCCGACAAAAGCGAAGCCCCCAGUGUUGAUCAGUAUCGCACUUGCAAGGACCCAGGAGCACUGUGACUGUGGAGGACUCUCCUCCAGCUCUCUAAAUCUCUGUCUCCUCCUCUGACCUUUCCUCCCUUUUUUCAUCCCCCUCUACACCUCUUCCUCCUCUCCCUCCUUCAGCACAGUGUGACUGACCUAAUGACUGUGAGAUUAUGGGAUCUGAGGGGAACAAGGAGCAUAGCCUCCAUUUCCUUCUCUCUGUGAAUGGCAGUGUAGGGAGUGGGGACACACUCAUAUGAAACCUCUUUUAAUAUGUUGAAAUUGUUUAUUCAAUGGGCUGCAUGUUGUACUGUGUAUUAAUGUGUGCUAACAUGUCAUGUGUUCAUACUCUCUUAAUUUCUACCCCUCUUUGCAUUCCUCUACACACAAAUCUCCAUGCCCCACCUGUCUGUCUCUCUCGCUCUCUUUUCCUCUGUCCAGGCUCGUAUCAAGGCCAUCAACACAUUCUUUGCAAAGAAUGGCUACCGUAGCGUACCAGACUCCAGUGUGUACAGCCAGCAGGGCCAGUCUCAGUCCCAGUACAGCUCUACACACCUCUACAUGCAGCAGGUGUUCAGCCCCCAGCAGCAGUACCCACUCUACCCCCUGGUGCCCCCCACCUGGAACCCAUCGCCUGCCCCUUAUUUCGAGACCCCACUGGUAAGGCCCGGAUGAUUGUGGUUCCCUGUUGUAACUCGUAUUACACUUGGUUAUAAGUACUGUUGUUCAUUCCUAGGAUGACCAGCCCCUCCAGAGUAUGUAAUGGAGAGUGUGGCAGUUGCUUAUAAAGGGAACAAUAGUGUUGGGUGUACCUGUAGUUACUCAAUUCUGAACAAAGGAGAUGUCAAAAAAUAAGAAUCAAAUUGAGUCCAGUUUUCAACAAAUGGCUCCUUUUUGAAGUAAAAACAUGUGACCCAGUGAUGACAGAACAAUGCGCAUGGAGGGGUUUCAGGCUGGGAGACAAGCCACUCUGGGUUCAUCUAUUCCCCCAAAUCCUCUUCCUCUCACUCCUUUCUCUUACCCCCCCAAAGUGGUACAUCUCCACAGCCGACCCCAGUGAGCGGUAAGAUUAUGAGAUCUGAGGGUCUGGAUAGGUGAUUUAGGAACACGCAUGGUAAACGUCAUCCUCAACAUGUUCAGACUCUAAUGAAUAUACCAUGUGUCAGCUGUAACACACCCUUCACCUUGCACUCUGGGGUCAGAGUGGUCAUGACAUUUAGUAAUGUAGCACUGUCAGGAUCAGCUGGUCCUGUAAGAGCUGUGGCAUAGAACUGAGGUGAUAAACCUUUGUCAUUGACUGUCACUGAGUGAUCAUGGGCAGCAAUUUAGUUUUCUUCCCUCUUUCAUCCAGGCCCCGUUCCCCAACAGUGGUUUUGUGAACAGCUUCAGCACCCCUGGGAACUACAAGACUGGCACCAGUCCCCUGGGCCUCGGACGAUUGCCCUUCAACAGCAACCGGUAGGUGUUUUCUCUCAGGGCAAGAACCCCCAUCUGGCUUGAACUUGAGGCUUUAUCAAAUGGCUUUGACCCAAUGAUGACAAAUCGAUGCGCAUAGAGGUGCUUCAAGCUGUGGGAUGAAGGCUUUUGGGUUUCUUUCUCCUCCCUCCCUCCUACUUUUCUUUCCAACUCUCUCUCGCGCCCCAAAGUCACUAGUCUCUACACUUGACCCGAUGAGCGUUAAGAUUAUGAGAUCUGAGGGUUCAAACUGGUGUUAUUUGGCCAUCAAAAGUGGACCUGUGAAUUCUUCCACAGCCUUGUUCUGACAUUCUGUAAAAAAAAAGCUGGUUUAACUAGCACCGGGGUGGUUGUAAUUGAUCAGACAAUGUGAACAAAAUAAGACAAAUUGUAUUUGGUUGUAGUUUUUUGGGCUCUGCUGUUAUAAAUAACUUGUUGCCUUUUACUCCCCCCUGUCCCACAGUGUCCCCCUCUAUUCCAGAAAGAAUGUAAUCAAUGCCUUCAGGUAUAAACGAACAGAUAUCAAUCAUGUCAUCAGUCGAUGCUCCCCCACACCUCCAUUUCAUCCAGUCUCAUUCUAAAACAUACGUUAGCAAGCUAGAUGUUAAUGCAGAUUUAAACUAUCCAUGUAAUGCUACAGUGUAGUGUCCUUGAACUGUGGUGAAUGGCAACCCUCAACUGAUAUUUGAGAAAGCUAGCGUAACUCUCACAAAUGACAGUAUUUCGAAUGGAGAGCUCAGGGAUUAAAUUCAAGUUUGCACUUUGACUACAAGAUGCAGCAAGUUCAAUACCAUCAGCUUGUGCUUAGCAAACGAAAACCCUUCCCUUAGUAUUCUAUACAGUAGCAUAGUUACCAUCCCCUCAUCCACCAUCUUAAUGUUUUAAUGUCCUCAUCCUCUCCAUAUCUGCAUGAGUCGUACUGGAACAGCUCUAGCUGUUUUGUGAUCAAGUUAGACUGAAUGAUAGCUAGCAGUUAUGCCUGUGAGAAUGAGAUCCAGUUAUGACUAACUGACUGAUUUUCCUCCUCAGGAACCAUGUGAAGAGCCAGCCCCGGCCAUGUGACGAGGCCCUACCUCCCUCUGUGACCCCCGUACCCCCCCUGGUGGAUGGCCUGUCUGGCCCCUCCAGCCCUCAGCCACCCCGGAUGGCAGGGGCUCCCCUGGUUUGCACCCCCGAACAUGGCCCUGCUCUUACCUCCUACGCCCUCAGGGACACCCUUCCACUGCCUGCAGAGGAGAUGUCUAACGGAGACCUGGGCAUUGCUGGCAGAGGCAGGUCAGUCUCCACAGAGCACGCACGGACACACACACACACACACACACACACCCACAACCUGCUCAUACAUGAAAUGCCAUCAUAUCACAAUUGGGCUUUACCAGAUGGCUUUGACCCUAUGAUGACAAAUCGAUGCACAUAGAGGUGCUUCAAGUUGUAGGAUGAAGGCUUUUGGGUUUCACUCUCCUCCCUUUCUUUCACUCAAACUCUUUCUCUUCUAUCCCCCCCAAGUCACUAGUCUCUACACUUGACCCGAUGAGCGGUAAGAUUAUGAGAUCUGAGGGUUCAAACAUGUCUUAUUUGGCCAUACAAAGCCUUCCCAGAACAGAAACAAUGCCUUUUACACUUUGGCUUCUUAUGCUCAUCUUGGUGAUAAUGUUUGUGUGUAGGAGAGGCAGCUAUCGAGGGAUGCGCAGAAGGAGAGAGGACGAGCGGAUCACGGUCAGUUAUGUUUUUCUUAUUUAAUUUCCAUUUCUGUCCCAUGUUUAUUGUGUUUUCUACACCCUAUUCGACCCAAGCGCAGUUGGAUUGGAGCUAAAAAUGUGAUUCUUGUGUGUGGGUUUAGAGGCCCAUCCCUCAGAGCGGGGUUAAGGUUCCACAGCCCAAGUUUGACUUGGCGACCUCUAACUUCCCGCCGUUGCCUGGGAAUGCGGUCAGCGCGCAGGGAGAAGAGCCCGUGCUGGAGACGCGCAUGUCUGACGUGGUGCGGGGCCUCAAGGGGGUGACCAGUGACAAGGUAAGGAGAAACUCUAACGAUAUUACACUUCAUUUUUUCCUCUUGACCCAACCAAAUAGGCUAACUAGGGCGGAUAUUAUACACUGCUCAAAAAAAUAAAGGGAACACUAAAAUAACACAUCCUAGAUCUGAAUGAAUGAAAUAAUCUUAAAUACUUUUUUCUUUACAUAGUUGAAUGUGCUGACAACAAAAUCGCACAAAUUAUCAAUGGAAAUCAAAUUUAUCAACCCAUGGAGGUCUGGAUUUGGAGUCACCCUCAAAAUUAAAGUGGAAAACCACACUACAGGCUCAUCCAACUUUGAUGUAAUGUCCUUAAAACAAGUCAAAAUGAGGCUCAGUAGUGUGUGUGUGGCCUCCACGUGCCUGUAUGACCUCCCUACAACGCCUGGGCAUGCUCCUGAUGAGGUGGCGGAUGGUCUCUGAGGGAUCUCCUCCCAGACCUGGACUAAUGCAUCCGCCAACUCCUGGACAGUCUGUGGUGCAACGUGGCGUUGGUGGAUGGAGCGAGACAUGAUGUCCCAGAUGUGCUCAAUUGGAUUCAGGUCUGGGGAACGGGCGGGCCAGUCCAUAGCAUCAAUGCCUUCCUCUUGCAGGAACUGCUGACACACUCCAGCCACAUGAGGUCUAGCAUUGUCUUGCAUUAGGAGGAACCCAGGGCCAACCGCACCAGCAUAUGGUCUCACAAAGGGUCUGAGGAUCUCAUCUCAGUACCUAAUGGCAGUCAGGCUACCUCUGGCGAGCACAUGGAGGGCUGUGCGGCCCCCCAAAGAAAUGCCACCCCACACCAUGACUGACCCACCGCCAAACCGGUCAUGCUGGAGGAUGUUGCAGGCAGCAGAACGUUCUCCACGGCGUCUCCAGACUCUGUCACGUCUGUCACGUGCUCUGUGUGAACCUGCGAAGAGCACAGGGCGCCAGUGGCGAAUUUGCCAAUCUUGGUGUUCUCUGGCAAAUGCCAAACGUCCUGCACGGUGUUGGGCUGUAAGCACAACCCCCACCUGUGGACAUCGGGCCCUCAUACCACCCUCAUGGAGUCUGUUUCUGACCGUUUGAGCAGACACAUGCACAUUUGUGGCCUGCUGGAGGUCGUUUUGCAGGGCUCUGGCAGUGCUCCUCCUGCUCCUCCUUACACAAAGGCGGAGGUAGCAGUCCUGCUGCUGGGUUGUUGCCCUCCUACGGCCUCCUCCACGUCUCCUGAUGUACUGGCCUGUCUCCUGGUAGCGCCUCCAUGCUCUGGACACUAUGCUGCCAGACACAGCAAACCUUCUUGCCACAGCUCGCAUUGAUGUGCCAUCCUGGAUGAGCUGCACUACCUGAGCCACUUGUGUGGGUUGUAGACUCCGUCUCAUGCUACCACUAGAGUGAAAGCACCGCCAGCAUUCAAAAGUGACCAAAACAUCAGCCAGGAAGCAUAGGAACUGAGAAGUGGUCUGUGGUCACCACCUGCAAAACCAGUCCUUUAUUGGGGGGUGUCUUGCUAAUUGCCUAUAAUUUCCACCUGUUGUCUAUUCCAUUUGCACAACAGCAUGUGAAAUGUAUUGUCAAUCAGUGUUGCUUCCUAAGUGGACAGUUUGAUUUCACAGAAGUGUGAUUGACUUGGAGUUACAUUGUGUUGUUUAAGUGUUCCCUUUAUUUUUUUGAGCAGUGUACUUUUUUUGCCUGGUCAGGUCACUUAACCCCAACUCUUACAUCCGGCAGGUAGCCUUGUGGUUAAGAGCGUUGGGCCAGUAACCGAAAUGUUGCUGGUUUUAAUCUUGAGCCGACUAGGUGAAAAAACUGUCUAUGCUCUUGAGCAAGGCGCUUAACCCUAAUAUGCUCCUGUAAGACGCUCUGUUUAAGCACGUCUGCUAAAUGACUAAAAUGUAAUCUCUCUCUCAUUUUGGUCUCUCAACCAAAUGCCAUGUUUUGUCCUCCUCCAAGUCAACUGUGUCCUAUCGCGCUCUCUCUCUCAUUUCCAGCCUGAGGUGAGUAAGGAGUCUGUGGCCCCUCCAGUUAGUGCCCAGGAGGAAACUGUGAGCGCGCCCAGUCCUGUCAUGCCGGCCCUCAAACCCCCCACCCCUCUGGUUGUGGAGCCCCCUGGUCGAAGGUAUGGUCUACCUCUGGUUAACAGCCACAAAGAUGUGCUGUAGGGAUUUUGAAGAGAUUUAACUGUCGGAAAUAAACCUUAUUGGUAAUAUUUUCUUCUCCUGUCUGUGCAGUGUUGCUCACCCGGUGAAGAAAGUGGAGAAGCCUGAGCCUCAUGUCCAAAGGGAGCCUGCUCCAACCCCCACACCACCCUCUUCUCUGCCAACCCCCUCACAGCCCGCUGCUGCUACCAAACCCACCCCUACCCCCACCAGCAGUCAGUCCAUCUCCAUGACAACACCAGUCCCCGCUGCCCCCACUACCACACCUGCACCGGUAAGACUUCACUCACUACCUGGCUGAUUUCACUGGAUAGAUAAUGCAUUGGAUAGAAUGUUGUCAGUUAACAUAUCUAGUUAAAAAAAUGUAAACUAAAAGCUAUUCUACCUAUUCUCUCUCCUCCCUCUAUUCUAUUUCCUGUCUGUAUUUCACCAUCCAACCAGGAGCCAAGGAAGCUGAGCUAUGCUGAGAUGUGCAAGCGGCCAGCCACCCUGCCCCCAGCCCCCAGCACCUGCCCCAACCCUCCCACCACCUCAGCCAGCCAACCCCUGCGGGAGCUUCUCGUCAACAAGGCCGACGAGCCCGCCUCCUCCAGCAGCAAUGGCGAUAUGCCGGAGAAACCCGAGAGGUCUGGAGAAGGCCGGCCCCCCCGUGACCCCCUGGGCUCAUACCGUGGGGGCAACGGCCCUGCCCGAUCCGGAGGGAUGGGCCUAAAGUACCGGGAUCAGCAGAGAGGUGCCUCCAUGAGCAGACGGAUCUCCCCCCACGGCUGGGCUAGACGGAGUGGGAAGGAACAGAACAUUCCGCCCCGGUCGCCAAAGUAGUUUAAACCACAACCAACAGACUAACAGGAAAACAAACAGAUCUAUAUAUGUAAAGACAGAAAUAUAUGAAAAUAUAUUAUUGGAUGAAAGAACAUGUGCGUUCUUAAUCUAAAAGACCCUCCUGCAGCUCGGUCGGACACAGACUGAACUUUGUUUGGGAAACACUGCAAGCGGUAAUCAUUUUAAGAGGAGGGGGCGGACAUGAGUGUCACUAAUCACAAACUGAAGGACUUGUUUGAAAGAACAGUGAGACGCUGACAUGCGGUCUCCCCUUGGUUAGCUUGAAGGAUGGGCCCUCCACCGCUAAAUCUAUGAAUUUUAUUUUUAUGUGAAAGUGGGGUUUGAGGGAGGGGGGACAAAUGUACGGUAAAGCUUUGUAUCUCCAAAAUACCAGUAGUUGCAAAGUAAGAAACAACAGUUGAGCUGUUAGCAACUCUAGUUAAUAUGCAACAAAGCAAAAGAUGUGGAUAUCUACCGAUAUGACGGAACUGAGUUGAUAUUACUUCCUUAUUAAUUUUUUUGUUGAGGGAGGGGUUAGUAAGGGAUUGUUCAUGAACUGUGUGGAAGUGGGUUUUUAUGAAGGUUCGAAGCAAGAAGGGGCCAAAUGGAUUUAGAAGUGUCUGUUUUUAACUGUUCUGUGAGAUGGAGAGAGUUGGGAAGCCUGUCAAGUCAAGCUGCACAAUUUUAGGUGAAGAAACUGCCAUAGACGUGUCUGCUUUGAAAGUCUGGAAUUUUUAACCAGUGUGGAAAUGUGAAUUUAUUAAAAUCGUUGCAUUUCUUUUCAUGGUUGAUGGAAACGUUUGGUACACCCUUGCAUAAGUAGGACAUUCAAACCUUUACAAUAAUGGUGCAUGAAUACUUGAGCUGUGCAAAUUUGGGGACACUUUUGUAUAGUCAGACUAAUGUAACUGAAUUGUUAUAUUUGUCCUUUUCUCUUCAUUUACUAUCACUUCCAUACAGAUGGUUAAAUGUUUGGCUUUGUAUGUCAUGGGUAAAUGCUCAUCUAGGGAGGAGUCUUCCCUUAGCUUAGGUGUUUAGUUAUUGUGAGGCACUGUCACCACUCUCAUCCUAGACACUUAAUGGUGCACGUAUCUGGCAUUUCAUGAAUUAUACAGUGUUGUACAUAGCCAUUUAAGAAGAGCAGUUUUUAUUUGUGGCUUGCACCGAAGCUGAACAUAUUGUAUUAAUAUUUACAUUUGUAUUCUCCUACCUACACGGUCAAAUGCAGGUUACCGGCGUUGAUUAUAUACCUUCCUUUUUAUGUCUUAAUGGAAUAGGCAGUCUUGAACAUCAAAUAGAAACCCUUCCACCC